UACAUGACCAGUUUUUGACAUCUAGGUGUGACCUAUGGUGACAGGUUCAAAAGUAGACAAAAACAGCUGUAAGAAAAGAGAAAAUAAUUGGAAAUAAUGAGUGACAGCUUGAAGAAACCAAAAAUAAUCGUUUUUGAUUUAGGUUUAAUUACAGAUUAUACUCUUUGGCCUUUUUGGGUGGAUACUCACGUCACACCUCCUUUCCGGAAAGGAAAAGGAAAUGAAGUAGUGGAUGCACACGCCCAUCCAAUACGAUAUUAUAAAGAUUCUCCUGAAAUUCUAAAAAAUUUAGUAGAUGAGGGAUAUGAAAUCGGUGUAGCAUCACGCACGUCUGAAAUAAAAGGCGCUAAUCAAUUAUUAAAUUUAUUUGGAUGGGAAAAAUACAUCAAAUAUAAAGAAAUAUAUCCUGGGUCAAAAACUACUCAUUUCGCAAAAAUUAAACGUGACUCUGGAGUGGACUACAAGGAUAUGUUAUUCUUUGACGAUGAGUCUCGAAAUAUUGCCGAUUUAACUAAACUAGGAGUACUCUCAAUAUUAGUGAAAAAUGGAGUGUCACAUGCAGUUAUAAAAGAAGGUUUAGCCCAAUUCUCUAGAAAAUAAUACAAUAAAGAUAUUUUAUUUAUAAAACAUGAUUUAAAUAGUAAAUUUUUUGGUUAAAUA